AAAAUCGAGAAAUGUAAGGAAUUGCAAUUUGUUCUCCCGGAGACGAUCGAUCCGAUCAUUCAGUCUCAUUGGUGAAGCCCUCCCUCUUCUUCUUCUUUGUCGGGGGAUUGGGGAGAUCGAGUACGACAGGGGUCUGUUCACUAUCGUCACUGGACCAGAGCGGCUCAAGUGAGUUAUCCUCAUCAGUCAUCUCCUCCUCUCGGGAAUGUUGGUUUCAAAACAGAGAAGGUUAAUAUCGUCUUCUCUCUAUCAAAAGUCCAAGUCUUGCUUCUCUUCCUCCUACUCAAUCACGAUGGUUUCAGCUCAACAGUUAAAUCCGGUGGAGUCUGAUUCUGAUUCCGAUUCCAGCGAGGUGUCUGGUCCUAAGUUUCCCGCCAAAGCCACGGCUUUACUACGCCGGAUGCUCGCUGAGAAUAAAAUUCACAGCUUUCAGGUAGAACAACAUCAUAGAAAGAAACACCAGCCUGACAACAAGACGUUACGAGGACUCUGCAUCACCGGGAGAUUGAAAGAAGCCGUUGGACUGUUAUGUCGCCGCAGCAGCAGCAGCGGGUCACACCUCGAGUCCGACACUUACUCUCUCAUCUUACAGGAAUGCAUAGAUAGGCGUGAAUACACCAAAGGGAAACGACUACACGCUCACAUGGUCGUCGCGGGGUUUGCUCCGAAUAAGUUUUUGAAAGUCAAGCUGUUGAUACUUUACGCCUUGUCAGGGGAUCUUCGAACGGGUUGGAUUCUCUUUCGCGGUUUGGGAAAGUCGAAGAGUUUGGUCUCUAGGAACGCGAUGAUCUCGGGGUGCGUUAAAAAGGGUCUCGAGCAAGAAGGGCUUUUAUUGUAUUACGAGAUGAGAUACUGUGGUGUGGUUCCUGAUCAGUAUACUUUCUCCUCCGUGUUUAGAGCGUGUUCUGCGUUAGCGUCGCUUGAACACGGGAUGAGAGCUCAUGCUGUGGUGGUAAAGACUCGUCACAAGUCGAAUAUUAGAGUCAAUGGUGCUCUUGUCGAUAUGUACUUCAAGUGCAGCAGUGUCUCUGAUGGGGGCAGAGCGUUUGAUCAGUUUCUCGAUAGGAACGUGGUGACGUGGACCUCGUUGAUGUCUGGUUACGGGUAUCACGGACGAGUCUCGGAGGUGUUGAGGUGCUUUGAGAAGAUGAAGGAAGAGGGGUGCAGACCCAACUCCGUUACUUUUCUGGUUGUUCUCACUGCGUGUAGCCAUGGAGGUUUGGUUGAGGAAGGUAGGGAGCAUUUUGAGUCUAUGAAGAGGGAUUACGGGAUUAGACCCGAGGGACAGCACUAUGCAGCUAUGGUAGAUAUCUUAGGGCGUGCCGGUAGGUUACGAGAGGCGUACGAGUUUGUAUUGAAGUCACCGUGCAAGAAACAUGCUCCGGUUUGGGGUUCUUUGCUUGGAGCGUGCAGGAAUCAUGGGAACGUGGAGCUGCUAGAGCUCGCAGCUACUAGAUAUUUCGAGUUGGAUCCGACGAACGGGGGGAAUUACGUGGUGGUUGCCAAUGGAUACGCGAGCUGUGGAAUGUUGGAUGCUGCCUCGAAGUUUAGGAGGAGAAUGGAGAACGCAGGAGUUAAAAAAGAUCCGGGUUUUAGCCAGAUCGAAUUGCAAGGUCAAGUUCAUAAGUUCAUGAGGAACGACACGUCUCAUAGACUCUCUCGAAAGAUACACGAGAAGGUCCAAGAGAUGGCUUCUCUGUUCAUGGAUGUUGAUUACUAUGAUCCAGAUGACUUGGACAAUAGUUGUCCUCUUUAAUACAUUGUUUGGCGUCUGGUCUUUGAUUUUUGUGACCAAACCGACUUGCAUUUAAGCUGAAAGGAACCUGUGUCCAAUUGAUUGAUGUAGGAGUUUCUCUCAUAGCGAACCGUGUGAUGAUGGAGAAGUGCUAGUCUCUGGAAAAUCUGUCGUGGUCGAGUUUUGAUUUGGAUGGCUAACAUACUAUUUGGCUGGAAGCAUGAAGUUUAUGUGAAGUAAGAAUGGUGGUCUGAGUUCUGAUUCAGUGGAAGCUCAGUUUGAUAAUGAAUGUGAUUUGGUAUUGAUGGAAAACUCAUUUCAUAGGCGAAUGCAAAUAUUUCUCUGUACUCAUUUCAAAAGCGACGGCACGUAAGAAAAGUGAGAAGAUGGGUUCAAAUGUCACUUGAGUCUGCCACCGUGGUUACAGUAAUCGUCAGUCGAUUCUUUUUUCUAAAUAUGUAAUUCAUCCUUUUUGUUAUUUUCAUACUAACUUAAUAUUUUUUUCACACGGAUUAUUUAUUUUAAUAUUUAUAUACGUUAGAUUGAAUUACAAA